AUGACACAGUUUCAAAUUGUUUCCAAACAGAUCGUGGACUGUAGCAGUGGCACUGAAAGAGGCCCCAAUAGUCUAGGAGAGAUAUGGAUGCGCACUUCAACGGCCAUGAAAGAGUACCUUAAUCGCCCAACGGAGACCAGCGAAACAAUGAACAAGGACGGAUGGAUCAAAUCAGGUGAGAAGCGAACGAAAGAGAGGUACAACGGCUGUUUCAAAUUAAUGUUGUUUGCAUAUUCAGGGGACAUUGGCUUCAUGGAUGAAGAGAAUAACCUGUUCGUGAUUGACAGAAUAAAGGAGUUGAUCAAAUACAAAGGAAACCAGAUCGCUCCGGCCGAACUAGAAUUCGUACUGCAGACGCAUCCGGCGGUGUUCGAUGUGGCCGUGGUCGGCGUGCCCCAUCCGGUUGCUGGUGAAGUGCCUCGAGCAUUCGUGGUUCGCAAAUCCGGGUCAACGGUCAGCGAGGACGAGCUCUGCCAGUUCUUGAAAGGUUCGACUCCUCAGCGUCAUGUUUAUGGCUACGCAAACGUGAAAUUAUCAACAAUUAUGACUUUCAGUCAAGUCAACGUCUCCAUGCCAUUCGCAUUGUCACCGUGUCACCAAAAUGGCGUACACCAAGCGCCGUCUCGUUCGUUGUCCACUUUUGUUAACGGACACCAUUCCACUUACAAUGCUGAUCGAUUCCUCGUCAAUCUUCUACAGUUCCUACGCAGAUACGAGUCGAGUGAUGAAUUUACUGCUUUAAACUGAUG